AAUGAAAGUAAAUUUCCCAAAUUUCGGUAUACAAUUAUCGUAGAACCCCCUUUUCUAUCUGAAUCCAAUUAGCCAGCUGAAAAACCCUGAUCAACUACGAUGACGGAUCCAAGGCGCUGCUAGAGACGAUUGUGAAUUCUCGAAGUAUUUCGUUUAAUCAAUGCUAGAAGCAGUAGUUUGGAGAAACUGUGGAUGCUAUGGUGGAUUUUGAGGACAAUGUGGGAGGUGGUGAACAAAGCAUUGCGUCAAAUGUAGUGGAUAUUGUAGAUGCUGCAAAGAGUCGGGAGGGCCAGGUAAGCAGUUCGUCUAGAAGAGAUGCUGUGGAGAUUGAAGGAGACACCUUUGAACCACAUGAUGGCAUUGAGUUCGACUCCCAUGAGGCUGCCUAUUCGUUUUAUCAGGAAUAUGCAAAGUCUAUGGGUUUCACCACCUCGAUCAAAAACAGCCGCCGCUCAAAGAAAACAAAAGAAUUCAUUGAUGCUAAAUUUGCAUGUUCAAGAUAUGGAGUCACACCAGAAUCAGAGAGUGGUGUCAGCAGAAGGCCGAGUGUUAAGAAGACGGAUUGUAAAGCCAGUAUGCAUGUGAAGAAGAAACGGGAUGGUAAGUGGUAUAUUCAUGAGUUUGUAAAGGAACACAAUCAUGAGCUUUUGCCUGCCUUAGCAUAUCAUUUUCGUAUCCAUAGGAAUGUGAAGUUAGCUGAGAAGAGUAACAUAGACAUUCUGUAUGCGGUUAGUGAGAGGACGAGGAAGAUGUAUGUUGAGAUGUCGAGACAAGCUAUAGUGAGUCAAAAUUGUUGCCUCACCAAGAAUGAGUUUGAUCACCAGUUUGACAGAGGUAGGUUCUUGGCCCUAGAAGAGGGGGAUGCUCAAAUUGUCUUAGAAUAUUUUGUGCAAAUCCAGAAGGAGAAUCCUUGUUUCUUUUAUGCAAUCGACUUGAACGAAGAUCAGCGAGUGAGGAACUUGUUCUGGGUCGAUGCAAAAAGCAGGAAAGACUAUGCCACCUUCAAUGAUGUUGUGUUCUUCGAUACUAGUUACACAAAAAGCAGCGAGAAGAUGCCUAUUGCUCUGUUCCUUGGGGUGAACCAUCAUUUCCAGCCUAUGAUGCUUGGAUGUGCAUUGCUAGCUGAUGAAACCAAACCAACAUUUGUUUGGUUAAUGAAGACAUGGCUCAGAGCGAUGGGCGGCCAAUCUCCGAAAGUUAUAAUCAGCGAUCAAGAUAAACAAUUGAAAUCAGCAAUUGAAGAAGUUAUGCCAUAUUCACGCCAUUGCUUUGCUUUAUGGCAUAUUUUGGAAAGAGUCCCCGAAACCCUUGCCCACGUGCUAAAAAAGCACGAGAAUUUCAUGAAAAAGUUCAACAAGUGCAUUUUCAAGUCAUUGACAGAUGAAGAGUUUGACAUGAGGUGGUGGAAGAUGGUCAGCCGAUUUGAGCUACAAGAAAAUGAAUGGAUUCAUUCAAUCUAUGUGGACCAUAAAAAGUGGGUUCCUUCAUUCAUGAGGGAUACAUUUCUGGCUGGGAUGUCCCCACAUCAGCGAUCGGAUAGUGUGAAUUCCUUUUUUGACAAAUACAUUCAUAAGAAGAUCAAUUUGAAAGAGUUUGUGAGACAAUACGGGGCAAUAAUUCAGAACCAGUACGAAGAUGAAGACAUGGCAGACUUCGAUACCUGGCACAAACAGCCGGCACUAAAGUCGCCUUCACCUUGGGAAAAACAGAUGUCGGCAAUCUAUACCCAUGCUAUAUUUCGGAGAUUCCAGAUAGAGGUCCUGGGUGUUGUAGGAUGCCAUCCUAAGAAGGAAAAGGAAUACGGAGGCAACACCACUUUUAGAGUUGAUGAUUGCGAGAAAAAUGAGAAUUUUGUAGUAACAUGGAAUGAAGCAAAGGUAGAGGUUUCUUGCUCUUGCCUAAUGUUUGAAUACAAAGGUUUUCUUUGUCGGCAUGCAAUGAUUGUCCUCCAAAUAUGUGGUCUUUCCAGUAUCCCGUCUCAAUAUAUCCUAAAGAGGUGGAUGAAAGACGCCAAAAACAAGCAAAUGUUGGUCGAAGGAACUGAAAGAAUCCGAAAUAGGAUACAGAGGUAUAACGAUCUAUGCAAGCGUGCUAUUGGAUUGGGAGAAGAAGGUUCCUUGAGUGAGGAGAAUUACAACAUUGCUUGCCGCGCUCUAGUUGAAGCUCUGAAAAACUGCGUAAAUAUAAACAACGAAAACCCUGUAGAUUGCAGUAGUAACACAGGUGGACUUCGUUUUACUGAAGAAGAGGACCUGCUGCUCCCACCUGCCAAAACCAUUAGGAAAAAUAACACAAGCAAGAAAAGAAAGACGCAGCCAGAGCCAGAAGCAGUUGCGAUUGAUACUCAAGACGGUUUGCAGCAAAUGGAACCUCUAAGCUCAGAGGGAAUCCCUUUAAAUGGAUACUAUGGAUCUCAACAACAUGUGCAUGGACUGUUAAAUCUGAUGGAGCCACCAAAUGACACAUUCUACGUAGGUCAACAGACUAUGCAGGGACUGGGACAAUUGCAUUCCCUUGCUUCUAGCCAUGACAGUUUCUAUGGUGCUCAACAAAGUAUGCCUGCAAUGGGGCACUUGGAUUUUAGACAACCGACGUACACUUAUGGCAUGCAGGAUGAGCAAAGUAUUAGACCAGCACAGCUGCCUGGUACGGCUAGACAUGCUUGAGAAUGCUCUACAUAUAUGACGAGGUUUCUCCUUUUUUGAACUUGAUGUUGUAAUAUGUAGAUAAUUUAGCAACUCAAUCUCCACAAGUAACCUCCUAACAAACGCAGCUUAUGUUUGUUGCAAGUUAUUAGGGAAAAAACUGUGAGUUGGAUAUUUGUGAUCAAUAUUUCAUCUUACAUUUCUUUUCA